AUUCAAUAUUCUGGCAGCAAAGUUUACAAAUGGAUCAGAUGGAUGCGUUCAGAGACGAUUCGGAAAACCCGGAAUCUGUUUCAGUGUUCUACGACAUUCGUGUCUUGGGGCUUUUGAAAAGCGGAGACUUUUGGCUUUCGGAAACGCCUGAAAUCCGAGGAAGCAAGUCUUGGUUCUCUGCCAUGCCUCAGAUGUGCACUUGGGUCAAGUUGCGACAUCUAGGCUCACGCGAAGAGUUCUACCUGUUCAACACGCACUUGGACUACAUGUGCACUUGGGUCAAGUUGCGACAUCUAGGCUCACGCGAAGAGUUCUACCUGUUCAACACGCACUUGGACUACGUGAGCCGCGAGGCGCAGAUCAAAGGCGCCUCUCUCAUUGCCGAACGCAUGCAGGCAGAAGGCGGCAAGACCGCCAAUCUAAUUCUCACCGGCGACCUCAACUCAUUCAAAUACGAAUCGCCUUGGAAUAUUCUCACUGGGAAGGCAGUGGGUUCUCGGGCCGUGACCCAGCUUGACAUGAAAGAUGCUUGGAUGACUGCUGAGGAGAAAAUAAACGACAUAGAUAAAACGUUCCACGAAUCGAUGAGCGUCGCAAACCUGGGUUAUAACGGCGGCGAUCACAUUGACUACGUUCUGUACAGACCCGCAGAUGACGGGAACGUUUGGCGGACAAAGUUUGCCAUGAUCGUCAUGGACUAUGAUGACGAGAACUAUGUCUAUCCGUCCGACCAUUAUCCAGUUCUUGUCGAAUUUUCCAUCAACGAGCCGAAAAAUUCGUCGACAUCUCAGACGAAUACAGGAUCUUCAGCAGCCAUUUCUCAGAAUAAGACGUCACUUGAGGAUGAAAUCAAUUUGUUUGGGGGAAAAUUGACAAGAAGUGCUUGUUUCACAAUUUUACUAUUCGGUGUCUUCGGAAACCAACGGAUAUCUUGCAACAGGUUCAUCAGAUUACAAUGGCAACAGCUUCCGCGUGAAAUCGUUUCUGGAUUUGGCAUUUUAUUGCUCUUGGGGACUAACCUGAAGCUUCUGGCUCCGCAAUUUUCCAAAAUGCAUGGCAAUGUCAAGAUUAUGACGUUCAACUUGUGGGCAUGGUAUUUAAAAGACGGGUUGAAUGACUGGGAACAGAGGAAAAAUCUGGUCGUGAAAAUGCUUCGAAAAUACGAACCGAACGAUAUUAGUUUACUGCUGAAAAUCCCUGUCAAGCUUGUAAAACCUACACCCGGUGCCGGGAAAAACAUGCACAGAACCCCGAAAAACAGCACUAAAAUUUGCUUUCAGCUGCCAACAUCUGGCACUGUACAAAACUUCAAAAAUCCCAGCACCUGGCUCCAAAAGGUGCUGAGCCGUGAAAUAGAUAUUCGCUGGAAAAUCUGCCCUGCUAGAACCCCGUUCUUAGCCGCGUCUCCGUUAUUUGUCUGGAAAAUAUUGCCGUCGAAUAUUUUAAGGCGAAUAAGGGGGGUUCCGCUGUCGCUGACGGGUGAAGGCACUCAUGAUGACUUCGUUCCGAGAACCCGUGACGAUUCGAAGGGGCACGCGCAUUUUCUGUUCGGCAGACAUUCGGGGGGUCAUAAGCCGUGCUGGACGACAAGCAGGUUCUGUGCUGGCGGAACGGAAGCCGCUUAUGAACGUCGAGGGAUCCGGAAACCCCCUGCGCCGUCGAAAGCGAAUGAGCCUUUCUUCCGUGACCGAAUGAAUCUCUUUCUUGACGGAUAUUCUCUCAUAAAAGAGGGUCUUGCAGUCGUUAACUUGGAGACGAAAGAGCUGGAAUAUGAAGAAGAUAUGAUGGAAGAAGAAGAAGCAUGCUUUCAUAAAAUGUUGCCC